UGCCAGCAAAAACUCCUCAGCAAGUCUUAUUGCUUCAGGCUAAGGAGGCGAUCAAAGUAGAGGGUGGGAUGUCGGAGCUGAGUGAUGAAGCCAGUGAGUCGGAGCUGCUGAGCCGCAGCCUUUCCAUGUGGCACGGGGUCGGUCAGAUGAUCUGUCGGGAAGAGCUGGACGUUCCCCUGGACUUGCAUACGGCCUCCUCCGUCGGCCAGUAUGAAGUGGUGCAGGAGUGUAUUCAGCGUGGAGAUCUGGAUUUAAAUAAGAGGAAUUGUGGUGGCUGGACUCCACUGAUGUAUGCCUCCUACAUUGGUCACGACACCAUUGUGCACCUGCUGCUGGAAGCGGGAGUGAAUGUGAACAUCCCAACACCAGAAGGGCAGACGCCGCUCAUGCUGGCCUCCAGCUGUGGAAAUGAAAGUGUUGCUUACUUUCUUCUACAGCAAGGCGCAGAGCUGGAGAUGAAGGACAUCCAUGGUUGGACUGCCUUAUUUCACUGCACCAGCGCCGGACAUCAGCAGAUGGUCAAGUUCUUACUGGACAAUGGAGCAAAUGCCAACUGCAAGGAGCCUGUGUAUGGAUAUACGCCUCUGAUGGAAGCAGCCGCUUCUGGCCAUGAGAUAAUUGUUCAGUACCUUCUGAAUCACGGAGUGAAGGCAGAUGUCAGAGAUAACACUGGAGCCACAGCACGGACACUGGCCAUGAAGUAUGGACAUACGAAGAUUGUGGGGCUGAUAGAUUUGCAUGCGGCCCCAGUGCCCAAGGUCUUCUGCAGGGGUCCAGGAAAAUAUGAAGAGCUGAGUUCCUCAGAUGAAUCGUGUUCUGCUCCCCAGAGACAGAGACCUGUUCGUAGGACCAAGGGUCCCAGCAUCCAUGAUGGGCCCCAGGCUUUGGCUAAGAUAACAGCAGUUGGAAUCGGGGGAAAGAAGCAGUCUCGCUAUGAGCAGGUCCCUCCUCAGGGCUAUGUUACCUUCAAUGAUGAUGGCAGCUGUGAAGCAGACGAUAUCCGGAACCGGGACGUUACCUCUCCAAUUAAUGAGCAGGAUGUGGAGAGCAGCAGCAGCAGGGAGGAUAAUGUUUUCUUCACCAACAACUUAGCAAUUGUCAGGAGCAGCAGCAGCAGCAGUGAAUGCCUGACCAAAGCCCUGGGGGUCAGCAGUGAAGGCUCCUUGGAAAGCAAUGAGGAUUCUGACCAUGCAAACAGUCCCCCAAGUCGGAAACAAGCCAAGAGCUUUAAGAUCAAGAAUCGCUACAGCAAUAGUGAUAGCCACUGGACCCACUGCCCAGGGAAAGCUGGGGGCUCUAAUCAGCACCUAAUCCUUCCUGAGCCCCCUGCCUAUACAGGGCCCCAGGACCUGGCGACAUUCCUUGAGCAGAUUGGGUGCCUGAAGUAUCUGCAAGUGUUUGAGGAGCAAGAUGUCGACCUCCGGAUCUUCCUGACCCUCACAGAGAGUGAUCUGAAGGAAAUAGGCAUCACUCUGUUUGGACCCAAGAGGAAGAUGACUUCUGCCAUUGCCCGAUGGCACAGCAACGCUCGGCCACCCAGCGAUGCCCUGGAGCUGGCCUAUGCAGAUCGGCUGGAGGCUGAGAUGCAGGAAUUGGCCAUUCAGCUGCACAAGAGGUGUGAAGAGGUGGAGGUGAUGAAGGGCCAGGUGUGCCAGGAGCAGAAGCUGCGUGCAGUGGCUGAGAGCUGUUUGAUGGAGCGGGAUGAGACCUGGAAUGCUAUCCAGUGCCAGCUCAGAGAGGCGCAGGCCAUCACCAAGGAUGCUGGAGUCCUACUGGAUCAGAUCAAAUCCUGUCAAGCAGAGCUGUCCUCCCGGCUAACCCAAGAGCAGGCAGUCAGCAGAGUGCUGGAUGCAAAGGUGCAGCUGGGAACCAGUGAGAGCAGGCGGCCUGGUGAGCGUCCGGUGCUGGAAGGAUGGCCGCCUUCCUUGAAGUCUCUGAGCUUGCCUGAGCUGUCAGCUGUCCUAGAGGAGCGUGUGGGAGAAAUGGGAAAAGCUCUGCAGACUGUGACUCAAAACCUCCAAAGGCUCCAAGCCCCGGGGCAGAGCGGGCAGAGCUGGCUAGAGCCAUAACAAAGCAGGAGGGAAUACUGACGUCGGGUGACUGUUCCACCCGGAAGCUGAGUGUGCCUGGGAGAAUGAGCGCGAGGGCCGUGCUGGCAGCACCGCAGCUCUGCUGGGAGCGCCACAGCAGCUGGUGGAUGCGUGGAAGAAGGUCUCGGCCAUCAGAGAACGUGCCUGGGAGAACGAGGGACAGCAGAAGACAACAACCCAGCAGCUCUUUGGGCCUGACUCUUGUCUGGGUUCCCAGGAUCAUUGUUGUUCAUACCAAAAGGUUAGGUUAAGAGGAGAAGCACUGAGCCCAAAAAGUUUAUCUGCCUUAAGCUUCCUGCAGCCCUUGUCAUUCAGGGCUGUGUGGUGUUAGAAAGCUGACAGUUACCCACAGCAAUCAAUUAUCCUGUUCCACGUCCUGUCCUCCCCAAGGCCUCUGACACUUGCCCUGGCCCCUUCCAUGCCAUGUGGAUUGCUCAGGAGCUGACCCAGAAAAUGUAUCUGAGGCAAUAAGGAAGGCAGGUUUGUUGUGGAUGGGUAAAGUGAGUAGAGUU